AUCAAAACUCAUCUUUUUAAUGAUGUUAUUUGGCCCAACCUCUCCGACGAAGACGGAGGAGCCGGGCUCGUCACCUAUCAGCGUUUGAUUGAAGGUGGCAAUCCCCGCAUGGGUCGUGGGCAUGAGUUGGGCUACUAUCGGGCCUGCAACGGGCUGCUCGUAAAAUGCCUAGGCAUCAGCCAUGGAAAGUGUAUGAGGCGGCACCCGCCGGAUUCCACUAAUCCUAGCCAGUCUAAUCGUGUGAAUUAUGCGCCUGUCCCCGGUGAGAUGGGAGACGCAGGGACGCUGUCUGGGAUGUCCCCAUCAUUUAGCACGGAAACGCAUACGACGAUCGACAGCUCCGCAUUCUUCAUCCGCGAUCAUGCCACGGGCCGGGAGAUUUUAAUCUUUGGUGACGUCGAGCCUGAUUCACUGUCACUCAACCCGCGCAACAAGCAUGUAUGGUACACAGCCGCACCCAAGAUCGUGAAUUCUGAUUUACGCGCAAUCUUCAUCGAAUGUUCCUACAACGAUGGCACGGAGGACUGCGUGCUGUACGGGCACCUUUGUCCACGGCACCUGAUCAAGGAACUGCUCGUGUUAGCGCACCGGGUCUUCGCACUCCGAAAUCCAGAACAGAUCCCCGGAGACAAACGUAAACGACCAAGCACGCCCGACGUGGCGGGAUCUCGGGCGUUUGGCAAGCGAGCGAAGAGUGACGCACAGCAUAGUCUGCAAGGUCACUCGGCGAACCUAGUAACUCGCACAAGAAGUUCAAGCAGACGUCCAUCGAGUGGGAUGGGUCUGGACAGCUUGGAAAUCAGUGGCAAUGAUCCAUCGACGGACAACUUGACAGAGAUUCCCUGGCAGUCAGAAGAUCCGCCCCUCUCUGGUCUGCAUGUAUGGAUCAUGCACAUCAAAGAUGAUAUGACGGAUGGACCGCCCCCAGGAGACCGAAUUCUGCGAGAGCUCCGUGGGCAAGCGGACCAGGUCAGCCUGGGGUGCAAUUUUCGGAUUCCGGACCGUGGAGAAAAUAUCUGGCUAUAGGUGACUGCCACGGGAGGCGACAGACAUGCCUUGACACAUGAUUCAGUCGCUGAUCAUAUUCUCGGGCCGGGUGUGUUUAUUUUGUUCUACCGACUGGACUCAAAAGCCCUUCCUCUCUUACGCACCACACUAUUCAAACCAAAACUCCCUAUCGAUACUCUCACCCUCACCGCAUUUGCAUACAUGUAUCACCAUAGAGGGAGAGGGGGAUUUCACUCAAACAUACAUAACACACAUACAUAGUCAUUGUUAGCUAGGGUUGCACACUGCUAUUGUUCUUACAUUCUCUGGUUGACUGCUGCAGGGCAGCUAGCUGUAUUGAUAGACUGGACAUGACAAGACAAGGUUUAUGAAUCACGUUCU